AUGGGAGUGGAGCAAGAACCGUUUCGGAUCAUGAUCCCGCGAGAAUCGGGGACCCAUGCUGUCGCCUACAUGGGUUCUCAACCAGUGCUUCCAAAUUGGGAUGCAGAGAAGUUGCCGACAGACCGGAUGCGGAAGGUGCGGGUCCUGUGUUGGAUAAUGACCAUGCCGGGGAAUCACGAAAAGGCGAUGCACGUGAAGAAAACCUGGGGGAAGCGUUGCGAUCAACUCAUCUUCAUGAGCUCCCGGCAU